GCAGGCUCCAACUGUUUUCAACUGUCAGGCCCUGCUCAUACUGUUCCAUUCCAACAAUCACAGCAGCGAUGACUGUGGAACAUACCAUUUACAACAACUCUACCUCUACACCAGCCAGGAGGAAGCCAUGCUGAGCACCAGAUCCCUUAUGGCUACACUGCUGGUUCUGGUGCCAGUCACAGGGUCUCCUGUUCUGGGCCAUCUGCUUGUCCUUUGGGAAGUGUGGCCAGGACAUGUACUAGAGUAUCAACAAGUAUCAGUACCAGCGGCAAAAAAUUGUUCAUGCAAAACAUCAGUAAAUGUGAUCUUAGACCAGUCAACGCAGAAAAGGGGCAUCAGAAAUUACAGCAGCUUCAGAACAAAUUUGAAAACAUCUAGGAAGAAUGCUUACAGGAACUAUCAGCAUAAAAUGUUGCUAAAAUAUGUAAUAUUAUAUAAAAGAAAUCCAUAUCCAAUUACAGAUGGAAAUAUAAGUGUACACAUGUCAAGAAAACAUCUAGGAAGAAGUGAACUAAUUCUGAGAAGAAGAAAAUAUUUAAGACACAUACUCAGGAAUAUUCUGAACAGAAAAUGUGGUGGUUAUGAAGUAAAAGUGAAUUGGCACAGUAUUUUGAAUGGUGCUAGAAAGAAAUCUGAAACUAAAAGAAAGGAGCAAUUGCAAAUCACAUACUUUGAAAAUAGGCACAAACCCAUAGGAGCCGGGUCACUAUUGGGUUAUAUAGCAUGUCAAACAAAUAUGAUGUUAAACGUUGAAGAAGCAUAUUUCCAAAAAGAUCAGGAAGGUUUAGAAAGUAUGGUGAUAAAGUUAGUAAAACCACAGAUACCAAGAGGAAAAGUGCUUACUGAAGCUGAGGUACUACAAAAGAAAAAAUCUAAGAAUAACAGUAAUAGAAUAUUCACUUCUGUCAAAGAAAGAGUCUUUUCUAAAGAGAACACAAAUAUUUACAAUAAAGAACAAUUCAGAAUGACUGAUGGGAAGAAAGUAUUAAAUGGAGAAUGGAGCAGCCCAUAUAUGGGAUUUAAAAAAUACGGUCAGUUCUCAAGUUUUCAGCGGUGGACAAGCUUUGCUAUCAGAGAAAAUAUCAAGUUGCAAAAAUGGAAAACAAGAACUAAAAAUUCUGUGAAUGUAAAUGAGAAGUUUCCAUUUAUACAUGCAUUAACUUACCAAAGAAGUAGUGCCAGCAAACAGAAAAUAUUCUCAGCACGUGAACCUGUAAUGCCCAACAUUCAACAAAUAAAGGAGUCUGCAUUUCAAAUAAAAAUGUACAGAAGCAAAAAAUUAAUAAAAUUAGCCAAGUGGCUCAGAGCUAAAGAAAAUAAAUCUGGGGGAAAUGGAAUAGAAGUUUUAUCAACAAUUUACUAUGUGCAGCCUUCCUUAAUAAGUCCUACCUUCCCAGCCAUUAAAACUGCUGUGGGUGUGAAGAAUGAAGUAUUUACUUCAGAAAUGGAUGAAGCAAAGGCAUCAGUCUACAUCACAAAAGUGCUGAAAUAUCUCAUGCAACCCUCAAAGAGAAUAAAAAAGAAAUACUUGAGUGUUGCUCAUAAGGGAUUUAGAAUUUUGCCUCUAAAAGCACUCAUGGUAAGAAAGCAUCUUGAUACGGAAGAGAGUUUACCAAUCUUGUUAUAUCUCUUUAAACACAUUUUUAAAGGUCCAUCGGUUAUUGGAAGAACGAAACGAUCAGCAAAAGCAGAAACGGUACCAAUAUCUGUAGAUGUUUUGACGCAUGUAACUUCUGCCCUUAUAGCAUGUGCCACUAUUUUUGGACUAGCUCUGUUUAUUUUGGCAUUAGCAGCAGGUUACCUGUACUAUAAUAGAAGGCAAUUUGUUCCAUUUCUUGAAGCUGGUUUGAAAGGCGAAGAAUCCAAAAAGGAAUGGAAACACACUGCUUCUCAGUGUUGUCCGCCUAUUUCUCUUUCGCAGAAUUUUCAUUUUGGACACCCACAGGAAUCAAGGAAGAAUCAAAUAUUGGCAACAGCUACUAAAACAUGUUCCAAAGAGGAAUUUGUUAUUAUGAAGGAAAUAUAUGGCAGCUCUGAUACAGAAGGCAGUUCAGAAAUAUCAUGUAGAGGUUUGACUAUAAGAUCCAGAGCGAUUGUGCUUCCGUCUCGGUCCAGUGACAGCAUACAAUCAUUAUUUGAUGUACGUGAUGAUGUCUCUUCCCAACAAUCCGUGAACAUGGAAAAUGGUUCCAGCACUGUGCCCCCCAAAAACAAUCUGGUUCCUGUUCCACAACAGCCAGAUAAUCAAGAGCAGAGUACCUCUAAUGAUGUGUCACCACAACUGAAGAAAACAAGUAUUUCAAAAUCAAAAUCCGACAAUGAUCUCACAAGAUCUAGUAAAGUAUUGCAAGGAGUUCAGCCAGACCAUUCUUUAUAUGAUGUCAAAGAACCAAGUACCUCAAAGGAUGUGACACUAAAGAAACCAACCAUCUCAGAGCCAAAACCUGACAAUGAUCUCACAAGAUCUAGUAAAGUAUUGGAAGGAAUCCAGCCAGACCAUUGUUUAUAUGAUGUCAAAGAACCAAGUACCUCAAAGGAUGUGACACUAAAGAAACCAACCAUCUCAGAGCCAAAACCUGACAGUGCUAUCACAGAGCCUACCAAAGCAUCACAAACAGGCCAGACACAGGCAAUUCUGAAGUCAGAGCCUGGCAAUGCUACCACAGGGCCUUCUUCUACCGAAGCAUCACAAACAGGCCAGACACAGGCGAUUCUGAAGUCAGAACCUGGCAAUGCUGCCACAGGGCCUUCUUCUACCGAAGCAUCACAAACAGGCCAGACACAGGCAAUUCUGAAGUCAGAACCUGGCAAUGCUGCCACAGGGCCUUCUUCUACCGAAGCAUCACAAACAGGCCAGACACAGGCGAUUCUGAAGUCAGAACCUGGCAAUGCUACCACAGGGCCUUCCUCUACUGAAGCAUCACAAACAGGCCAGACACAGGCAAUUCUGAAGUCAGAACCUGACAGUGCUAUCACAGGUCCUUUAUCAACUGAAGUAUCACAAGCAGGCCAGACACAGGCAAUUUCUAACACAGGACUUGACAAUGCUGUCAUAGGGAUUUUCUCCACUACAGUAUCACAGGUAGACCAGGCACUGGCAAUUUCAAUGUCAGAAACUGACAGUGGUGUCAUAGGGCUUUACUCUACCACAGUAUCACAAGUAGACCAAGCAGUGAUAAUUUCGAAGCCAGUACUUGACAAUGCUAUCACAGGGCCCUUCUCCACUGAAAUAUCACAAUCAGACCAGACGCAGAAUAUUUUAAAGUCAGAACCUGACAAUGCUAUCAUGCCACCUUCUUCGACCACAGUAUCACAAGUGGACCAGCCAUUGACCAAGAUUUCUACAGUGCAAAAUCCAUGAUCGGUAUUUUACAUCUUGGUGAAUAAUUUUAACUCUUCUCACAAAUGUUGAUGGUUCUGUUUCCCACCAAACAAAUUCUUUGAAUAUGCUUACAUGAAACAUGGAGAAAUUACAAUCUGAGUUUUGUGAUGAAAAAGCAGUUGAAUAGUAGUAAUGUGUCUUAAGAUUUUUUUAAAAAAAAUGUAUACGUACUGGGCAACAUAAAUUCUGAAUUAUUUUUUUCAGAAAUUAAAACUGACUAAACAUA